AUGCACAAUAUGAACAACACAAGUACUGAGCAUCAAUAUGUGUCUGCAGCAUGUAACAAAAGCCAACCUUCAUUCCCCGCAGGGUUGGAACCAAAACUUCAAAGGGAUGUUUUGGUUGUUCUCAUGGUUUUGUUAGCCCUUUUUACAGUUCUUGGAAAUGCUUUGGUUAUCCUAGCUUUUGUUGUGGACAAAAAUCUGAGAGAGCGGAGUAAUUAUUUCUUUCUAAAUCUUGCUAUUUCUGACUUUGCAGUGGGUGCAUUCUGUAUCCCUAUGUAUAUCCAUUAUGGGCUGACAGGAACAUGGAAUUUAGGAAGAGGUCCCUGCAAGCUCUGGCUUCUUCUGGACUAUCUCAUGUGCACAGCUUCAUCAUUUAAUAUUGUUCUUAUCAGCUAUGAUCGGUUCCUGUCAGUUACUAAAGCUAUGUCUUACAGGAUUCUACAGAGAAUGACUUCCAAGACUGUUAUUAUGAUGGUGGAAAUGUGGAUAUUUGCAUUCUUACUCUACGGCCCAGCAAUCAUUGCUUGGGAAUAUGUGGCUGGCUGCAGCAUUGUACCUGAUGACAAAUGCUAUCCUGAAUUCAUCUACAACUUGUAUUUUUCUCUGUGUGCUUCAGUCUUUGAGUUCUUCACACCUUUGAUCUCCAUUGCCUAUUUCCACAUCUCUAUCUUCCAGAGUAUACGAAAGCGGCUGCAAAGUACUACCUGUCUUUCUGAAUCUUCAAAGAACAAGAGCCAAUCAGGCAGAUUUCGGUCUUUAUUAAGGGAAAAAAUAUCGUUUCCUGAUUUAGAAACACAAGACAGUCUUUCUAUUUCUUCAACAGGACAGAUAUAUUCAGUGACAACUGACUGUUCAGUUGCAUCCCAAAUCCAUUCUAUCCAUUCUAUCACCGCUAAAGAAGUUAACUCUAGAUGUUCCAGAAGAAGGGCAAAGUCAAAACUGCAGAGGGAGAAAACAGCUGCAAAGUUGCUUGUUGUAAUUGUCUGUGUCUUUGCCAUUUGCUGGACACCAUAUUCAUUGCUUAUGCUUAUUAAUGCAGCCUGCAAUUGUAUACCUGGAGUUUGGUAUGAAUUAUCAUUUUGGCUUUUGUGGCUUAAUUCUGCUGUGAAUCCUGUUCUCUACCCGCUCUGUCAUGUUAAAUUUCAAAAGGCUUUCAGGAAAAUAUUAUGCCCUGAACAUUUUGUAAUAAUCGGUCCAUGUCAAUGA